AUGGCGCUCCAAGCAGAAGUCACGGACGAAGAAUUGUCCACGUUGAAGGGGAAGACGAUCAUCAUCACCGGGGGUGCGAGUGGUAUUGGAAGGGCGGCGGUGAAUCUUGCUCAUACCGCCGGAGCCAACGUCACCGUCGCGGACAUAAGCGAAGAUGCCGGAGCAGCACUCGUCGAUGAGCUCAAAGAACGCAUCCACUUCAUUAAAACAGACGUAUCCUCCUGGCCUGACGUCCUCAACCUCUUCACCAAGACAUACGACCACUUCGGCGCCAUCGACGUCGUGCUCUCCAACGCCGGCACCAAUAUCGGCGAGACCCUGCUAGACGACGAACUCGACGAGAACGGGCACCUCGCCGCGCCCAGCCUCAAGAACCUAGAGGUCAACCUCCACGGAUCCGUGUACUGCGCCCGAGCCGCCGUGCACUUCUUCAAGAAGCAGCCCGAGAAGAAAUGUCAAUUGGUAUUUACGGCUUCGGCAGCAGCUAUCGUCGACACCCCUCCCUUAUUCCUCUACUGCGCCGGUAAAGCCGGGGUGGUAGGGUUAAUGAGAGGGAUGAGACAGGGGAUGCGGUCGGAUAAGAUUACUGUCAACGUGGUGGCGCCGUGGAUGACGGUCAGCCCGAUGUUGCCGGAUUGGAUUCGCGAGAAAUGGGGAGAUCUGCCGGCUAAUACUCCCGAGGGAGUGGCUAAGGCGCUUUUGCUGCCGGCGGUGAGAACAGAGGUGCAUGGUAAGACGCUUUGGGUGGGUGGGAAUGAUGUCGUGGAGAUUGAGGAUAGUUUGUAUGAGACAAGACCAAAGUGGUUGGGGAGCGAGAUGUCGAGGUGUCUUGAUCAGGGACAGAAGGCUAUGGGGAUAGGGGCUUGA